AUGAUCAGCGACAACGAGCCGGAUAUGGUUCACACGACUGGACCUGAUACUGAAGACCAAUUGGCGAAGGAGACAUCCAGCAAGGCACAGAAUGACAUAGACUGUCCUUCGUUGGGACAGAUAUUGUCACAAUUGAGUCCCCCACCGUCAACUCUACCGGUGCAGACACUUUCUUUGGUCCCAGUUGACGAGCAAGAGGUUCUUUUGCGACGCUUAGAAGAUGUGCUUGCAGAGGCUACAGGUGGUGCUGAGAGCUUUGAGGAAGUGCAGACCAUUCUAAAUGAGCUCUGGAAGUGCCAGUCGAGCUACCUGGCGCAAGCAGCUGAUGCGCUGGCAAACGGGAGUAGAAACGAUGAAAACAGAGCCCUUGUUGUCAAGGGUAACUAUACAGCUGCCAUUCUCAACCGUCUUAGCCCAGAACUUGUGCAUGUCGUGAUUCCUGUUAUCUACAACAUCUCCAUCGAUUAUGAACAAGGAAUCCGAGAAUCGCCAGGGGGGACAAUUCUACUUCUCUUGGACCUUUUGUCUGAGGAGGGCGUUGCUCUCUCUCAAUUUGUUGGCCUUGCUAAUUGUCUUAUGUCUUAUUUAGACAAGGAACGAUUCCAGGAUAUUUGUAUCAGCCAAUGUAUGGUUGACCGAGUGUUAUCCGUGCUCAAACAGUCAUUAUAUAUCAAAGCAGACCCUUCAUCAAAUGGUGAUACCAAAGCAUUGGCGCAGCUACAGCUGAAGAUCAACCAAACACUUUCAGAAGUCUCUGCAUCACCCAAAUUCUCCGAGGUAUAUCCCCUCGGGUCUCCCCUUGUUCAGACCUUGAAAGAUUGGCUGGCUUCCACGGAAGACCAACUUCAAAUCUGUUCGUGUGUGAUGCUGGGCAACUUGGCUCGAUCGGACGCAGUGUGCGAAAUUAUGGUGCGGAAGAUGAACAUACACACUAUGUUGAUAUCGAUUCUGAGAUCUGAUGCUAGAGGCGCGGUUCUCCAUUCUGCACUUGGAAUUCUGAAGAAUUUGGCGAUAGCUGGAGAGAACCGACAAUCUUUGGGCGAUGCUAGGAUUAUUCCUGCAGUCUCACGCCUAUGGGGAUAUGAGACGGUUCCUCAAGUCCAAUUUGCUGCAACAAGCAUUGUUCGGCAAGUCAUCAUCUCAUCGACCGCGAACAUUUCGUGUCUGCUGGGACUUGCUCCUAUUGAUGAGGACUCCUCGGCCUCUGGACAGACAUAUCUUUCAUCUUUACUCUCUCUGUGUGAGAAAACGGACUCCACACCAAUCAAAACGGAGGUUGGACGGAUCGUAGCUUCAAUUUGCCGCACGAUUGUUCCAAAGUCUCGCGAAGCGGACAGUGAGGCUAGCACUCUCCUUGAGCGUCUGUUCACUAUGCACCAGAGUGUCGCGCUUCCACUUGGAGCUAUGAUUGCUCAAUCGCAAUGGCCAGUGGUCAGGAGCGAGGGCUGGUUCGCCUUGGCUUUGAUGGCUUCCAGCAAACAUGGCACUGGCGCCGUUAUCGACUGCCUGCAGAAGCUGGACCUAUACCCGUUAUUGGAGGAGACAAUGAGCACACCUGUUUCUGACUCGGCGGAUGAUGCGGACAAAUUGAAGGCAGCCAAGGAUCGCGAUAAUAUCGUAGUUCUUAUUCAAGAACUGCUGAAAAACGAUGUAAGUCAAAAGCAGUUCUCUUCUCCAAUAUCUGCGGGCGUUUACUAA